AUCGCCACCACCAGUGAAGGUUCUAAUGGAGAAAAUGGAUCUUAUCGGAAUAGUCUGUGAUGAACAUUGUACUCCUGGAAAAUACUAUUGCCUGCUCUGUCCCAAGUGCAAGGGUGGGCGCUUAAUGGAGAGGAGCUUAUCUCUACAUGUAAUUCCAACAGGAGAUUUUGCAAUGUGGAGGUGUUUCCAGUCUGAGUGUGGUUGGGCAGGCCGGAUAUUUGCAGAUGGCAGAUUGGCGUUUAAUGAAUUCAGCAGAACUGCGAAGUUGUUUGGAGGAACUGUGAAGAAGAGUCUUAUUUUGGAGCCUCUUGGUGAUGAGCUAAUCACUUACUUCAGCAAGAGAAUGAUAUCCCAGGAAACUCUCAAAAGGAAUGUUGUUAUGCAAACAGCUGAUCGUCAGGCUGCAAUUGCAUUCACUUAUCGACAAAACGGACAGCUCGUUGGCUGUAAGUACCGAACCAUAAACAAGAAAUUUUGGCAGGCGAAGGGCACAGAAAAAUUGUUUUAUGGGAUUGAUGAUAUUAAUGAUGCAGAUGAACUCAUCAUUGUCGAAGGUGAAAUGGAUAAACUUUCAGUAGAAGAAGCUGGCUUCCUGAAUUGUAUCAGUGUUCCUGGUGGUGCCCCAACUAAGGUUUCAACUAAUGCAGUAGCAUCAAUUCAAAAGGAUACUGCAUAUCAGUAUUUAUGGAGCUGCAAAGACUUGUUAGAUAAGGUUCCCCGGAUUAUAUUGGCUACUGAUAGUGAUGAACCAGGGCAAGCUUUGGCAGAAGAGCUAGCACUUCGGCUUGGAAAACACAGAUGUUGGCGGGUAGAUUGGCCUUAUAAAGAUGACUUCAACCGUUUUAAAGAUGCCAAUGAGAUUCUGAUGCAGUUGGGCGCAGAUGCUUUAAAGAAAGCAAUUGAAGAUGCCAAGUCAUAUCAACUUUGUGAUACACAUCAAAUACAAGUAGAAGAGGACCUCGAGAGCUUCCACGAGCCUUCGUAACUAUGGAGAAUCAUUUUGAGUGGUAAUCGGUAACAAUUAGAUUCAUAAAUUACAUGGAAAUAAACGUUUCGUUCGUGCAGUGAAAACAUUGAUAUUGACUUUGAUUUUACUUUGAAUUAAAAUAAAAACUAAAGUUUUUAUAUUAAA